ACUAUCUGACGAACGGCAGGCAGACACCCCGUACAUCGAAGACUCCAGAGGGGACCGAAGUGAACUGGGAGGAGAAGAAGGCAGUGUGUAUGAUAUUUUCUUUCUCUAAUUGUGUCAAAUGGGCAACUUUUACCAAUAGGAGGCACACAUAAUGUCGAAGUGAAAAAAUUUUUUCGUUCAUGCCCCCUGCAUGCGAAAGGUGGAAAAACAGGUUCGGCACGUUAGUUUCCCGAUCCCAGCAGUGUGUGGUCGCUGGGUGUAGUUUUCCGAAAUAAAUUGGGCAAUUGGGUGGAGUUGGUGCGAUUCGAAGGGAAAAUUGCCAGUGAUCGAGUGAAGCAGUGCAAGAGUUAGGGGGUCCUCAGCCCAGGUGAAAAGACGAAAACAGUAUGGGUGCUCUGGCCAGCAGACAGAAUGCAACCGUGGAAGAGGCGGAUAUCAGUGCGAACCAUCAGUACAAGUACCCUCCUCGGUCAGGUAAUUAUUUCGGUACUCACUUCAUAAUGGGAGGCGAACGGUUCGACACUCCUCAACCGGAGGCGUAUCUGUUCGGCGAGAAUGCUGACCUGAACUUCCUGGGAUGUAAGCCGACUCCUUUUCCCUAUCCACCACCGCAAGCGACAGAGCCAACAAAAACGCUGAAAAGUUUAGUCAAUAUACGCAAGGAAUCGGUGCGGUUCGUGAAGGCAUCGGAUUGCAAUGCUAAAAUCCACGGCGAUGGAACCAAGACCAAUGCGUACAACAUCGAAUUCGUGUUCGACGCGGACGCCCGGUGCGCCAUCACAGUGUACUACUUCUGCAUCGAGGACAUCGGAAGUACUGGCGUCAGCUACAUACCUCGGGACUCGUCUAUUUCGUCCGAAACAUUCCACUUUAAGCGAGGAGUGAAUCAGGUGUUCUCCGCUCCUUCACAUGUCUUCAACCCGGCGCUGUUCUCGGAGGAUGACCUGUCGUACAGCUCCGAGAAGGACACAUUCCCUGUAGUAAUCCAUUGCGUGGUCGAGGAGGGGACCGAGGAUUGCCGCCAGAGUCACACCACGAUAUGCGUGGUGGACCACCACUCGGACGGAACUUACGCUCUGCGCGCCUUGAAGCAGAAAAUCUUCGUCGACGGGUUGUGUUACUUACUGCAGGAGAUCUACGGCAUCGAGAACAAGCUGGUCAGCAAAUCGAUCGGCGACGAAGACACGGACGACAACGGGAGCGAAUGCGUCAUCUGCAUGUGUGACACCCGGGACACGCUGAUCCUGCCGUGUCGGCAUUUGUGUUUGUGCAAUUCGUGUGCCGAUUCCCUGCGGUAUCAGGCCAACAACUGCCCGAUCUGUCGGGCUCCGUUCCGGGCGCUGUUACAGAUUCGUGCGGUGCAGAAGAGCACCACGGGAUCGACGGCUACGACGACUGUUCAGAGUCCGCAGGAUACCACGGAUAACAUUCCCUCGGGAUAUAUCCCAGUGUCGCUGAUUGAGGCACUAAAUGGGCCGAUCAGCAGCUCAGUGAAGCCGCAGAACACCACUGACUCUACAACCACUGCAGAUGGCAGCAAUGACACUAACUUAACUAAUCAGACUGCCGACAAGCAGGAGACCGGCAAGACCUCAUCCAAGGAGAUGGACCAUAGUGGAUCGCGCGAAAAGCUCAAUCAAAACACCGUAGACUUUCGCAUGUCGGUGCUCCUGUCCAAAGAGGACGGAUCGGUGACCUGCGUCACCAAGGAGCUUCUCAACAAACAUUCGCCGCUGAUGCAGCGAGCCCCGGCCAGCCGCGAUAAGAAUCCACGCGAAAAAGGUUCGCUCCGGAUCCAGGGUGGCCAACCGCUGGUCAAGGAUCCCCUGGCGGCGUUGGACCGCGAGACAGUCCAGCUGGUGAACGAGAAAACCCAGCUGCCGAAUGUGACCGAAAUCGAUGACGAUAGCGAGGCGGAGAAACUGUCCCCGCUGCUGCAGAAGGUGGACCGCGACGGCGGCCAAGAGAACUGUGAUACGUACGAGAAAAUGCCCAGCAUCUUGCGAAUGGAAGAAGCGGAGAACGUCGACUCCCGAAGUCAGAAGUCCGUAGCCGUGCUGGCUGCGGCCGAAGACUCCGACUACUACACCCCCGAGGAUCCCCACACCACAAUUCUCAGUCCGCUCAAGGGGGAGGAGAAACUCGACGGAAUGAAGAAACUGUCCACCCCGUUGACCGUACUAAAGGAAUCCUCCCAGAGCUCCCUCCCGGACAGUCCCAUCAGCGGAAACUCGCAUACUUCCACCCGUAGUUCCGGCGAUAGUUACUCUUCGAGCUCCAGCACCCGACAGCUGCUCUCGUCGGUUACGGCCAACGAUACGCCCACUCACGUCACGGUCAACGUCGACGCCUCGACCGAGGGACUCGUCAAACACGAAAUCAAAAUCGGCACCAACAGUGCCAAGAUGGAUUGCAUCGACAGCGACUGAGCUUACUUUAUUCCCUGGGAAACCCGGAGUUGGAACAAUUGAACAAAACGCAUUUCUUCGACUAAAAAAAGGAAAA